AUGAUGCCACCUCCGGGCGUGCCCCUUCCCCCCGGCAUCGUUCCCCCGCCCGCGGCUCCCGUCGUCGCUCCCGCGGCGGAUCCCGCGGCGGCGGCGCCCGCCGAACCCGCGCCCGCCAAGGAGAGCACCACCGUGUACGUGGGCAAGAUCCCGCCGAACGUGGACGACGCCUUGGUGCGCAAGCUGCUCGACGCGUGCGGCGAGGUGCGCAGCUGGAAGAGGGUGAUGGACCCGGAGAACGACACCCCGAAGCGCUUCGGCUUCUGCGAGUUCGCCGACGCCGAGGGCGUCCUCCGGGCCAUGAGGAUCUUGGACGGAUUCCCCGUCGCGGGUGAGGAGCUCCUGCUCAACGUCAACCAGGCGACCAAGGCGUACGUCGAGGGGUACACGGAGAAACGGACGGUCACCGCGGAGGAGGACGCGUCGGUGGAUGCGGAGCGACGCGCGGUGCUCGAAGCCGCCGUCGCCGCGGCGGGGCACGCCGCGGAAGCCGAGGCGUUUCUCGCCGGGGCGCUAGGAGCCGGAGCCGGAGCCGCCGCCGCCCCGCCCAAUCCGCCCAAUCCGCCGCCGCCGCUCGGGGGAGCGUUCGGCGCCCCCAAGUUCAUCGCCGCGAGGGACCCGGACUCGAUCGCGCCGCCGCCGCCCGACGGCGGCGCGGGGGGCGUCGAGGCGCCCCUAUCGGCGCCCGGGUCUGCACAGCUGGCGAAAAAAAGUGCAAAGGAGGAGCGGGCUCGGCGCGACCUCGAACGACGCGAACGCGAGGAACGCGCGCGACUCGACCGCGAACACCGCGAGCGCGAACGCCGGGUCGAACGCGUCGAGGCGGACCGCGCGAGGGACGCGCGGCGCGAGCGCGAACGCGCGCGCGAUGUCGAACGCGACAGGGCUCGCGACGUCGACGACGAUUUGAACACGCCCGAGCCCGAGGAGGCGGCGGCGACGCGAGCGCUCGCGGACGCCGGGGUGACGUCGCCGACGCCGGAGCAGACGCUGGAGGCGUUGGUAGCGCUGGGACCUCCGGCGUGGGUGAGGGACGAGCGACGACGGGAGCGGCGACGGAGGUACCGCGAACGGGAGAGGGAGGGCGACGCGCGAGAUCGCGCGGCGGAGGAGGAGGAGAGGGCUCGAGAGGACGCGAAGGCGAAAGAGGAAGCGGAACGGGCGGCGAAAGAGGCGGCGGAGCGGGAGGCGGCGAGAGCGGCGGAGGAGGAGGAGGCGAGGGCGGCGGAGGAGGCGGCGAGGGCGGCGGAGGAGGCGAGGGCGGCGGAGGAGGCGAAUCGGGAGGCGUCGCCGGCUCCCGCCGCGCCCGCGCCCCUCUUUGCCAAAAAACCCGCCAAAAAAACCGCCGGCGGUAAGCGCAAACUCUCCGUGUUCGCCGUGGAGGACGAGGAGCAGCGGCCCAAAAAGGCUCUCGUGCCCAUAGAGUACACCGCGGAGGAGCUCGCCGCCGCCGCCGCGCCCGCGUCGACGAUGGCUGAGGACGACGAGGACGAUCCCGCCGCCGCCGCCGCAGCAGCCGCCAAGCGCGCCGCCGCGGUCAUCGCCAAGAAGAACCAGGCGGAGAAGGAGGAGAAGGCCAGGGGGUCCCUCAUCGAGAGCAUCCCGACGGACAAGAAGAAGCUGUUCAAGUACGACGUCGACUGGAGGACGUACGACGCGUCCAAUCUGUCCGGGAGCGUGCAGCGGUGGGUGAGCAAAAAGGUGGCGGAGCUGUUGGGCGAGGAGGAGCCGAGUUUGGUGGAGUUUGUGGUGGAGAAGGUUGGCGAGCACCUCAGCGCGAAGGACAUGGUGUCGGAGCUGGAGCCGGUGCUGGACAACGAGGCUGAGCAGUUCGUGAUCAAGCUCUGGAGGAUGCUCAUCUACGAGACUCUCAAGGCGAACGAGAAGGCUUGA